CUGAAGCACUGAUCUACACUCUCUGCUGCUAGUUUCACACUCGACGUCUGAAACUUCGGGUUUAAUCCUUGCUGUGAUUCUCUACGUUUUUGUUUUUUCUUCCAUCAAAGCGGAGAAGCAGCGAUGGGGAAACUCUGGGCAGUGAUUUCCUGUUUGUUGUUGAGUGUGGGAGCAGUGACAGCCCAGGGAGCUCAGAAUAGCAAGCGUCUGCUCCCUCAGUGGCUCACCGGCCUCAUCGCUGUCAGCGGCUUCCUCUUCCUCAUCUUUGUCAUCUUCCUGGUGAAGAAGGCCUGGUUUGAGGAGCCCAAGAGUGACAGUGGAGGGAGAAAGGAAAGACACACGAUCGAACUUGGGACCAUGUGGAAGAAGACCUCUGUGGAGUCGGUGAUAGAAAAUGAAUAUGUCGACGGAAACACCUACGAGACCGAACUGGACAUGGUCAGGAGCAAAAAAGACAUGAACACUUACGACAACAUGGUGAUCGACGCCACUGAUGACAAAGCAACUGUCAUGUGACCGUUCUGCAAUGAUUCUAUUGGCUGUCUGAACAUUGACCUCGCCAACUCUGGGCCGAGACACACAAAACACACAAUUCUUUUGUAUAAAAAAAACAAAUUACAUUUAAUGAAUGAAGUUUCUCAUAUCUGUUGUCUCGGUUGACUGGAGCUAGAUUUUUUUUUGUUCUGUUUUCUUGUUUCUUGAAAUUUUAUCACUAUUUACUUAUUUACUUCCUGUAAGUCGCUUUGGAUAAAAGCGUCUGCUAAAUGACUGUAAUGUAAUGUAAUGUAUCAUUUAGCAGAAAGUGUGAGAAUAUUAUAUGGAUAAUUAAAAAAAUCUUUAUUGGAUCUUAGGCUUAGACUAAAUUGAUAUACUAUGUACUGUGUUUGCAAGUUUUUCAGUCACCUCUUGAGAUUCAGAGCAGUAAACUAUAGGAAAAGCAGCUGUUUGUCCUGUGAUCCUGAUUAAUAAGUUAUCGUCCUAACAAA